AUGUCGUGUUUGGCGGAGCAUCCCAAGCACAUCAAGAAACUCUUUAAGACGAAGGAAAUCACAGAUGAUGGACGUUAUGAGGCGGGUGCUUUGGGACAUCUUUGGGACAGCAGAUUGAUUUUGUGGUCGUGGUUCAACUGCCGGGGCCACCAUGGCAGUGCGAGGUCUGGCUCUUUGACAUUGAAGCAAUGGAGUGGAAACUCGUGGUCGUUGAUGAGCUCCAUGGCUGCAAGGGACCAACGCACGGACAGAUGGAUGGACCGGAAGGUGCCAACCUACACCCGACCACUGGGAGAAGAGAUUUGGGUCCUGCUCUUGGAGAAGGCGGUGGCCAAGUUCUGCGGGAGCUAUGCCACAUUGUCCGGUGGUGGGACUGAUUGGGCUUUCCAGAUCUUCACGGGUUAUACCAAGAUUGUCGCAUACUGGAAACUCGAUGAUGAUGCUUCAACCUGGCGACGAUGCUUCUUGAAUCGUGAGAAGCAACUGCAGAAUGGGGCCAAAAAUCCAUUGAAUAAUUGGUACGGCUGGAAGAAUUCAGAUGUCCAUCCAAAGGGCAGUCUCUUCGGCAUCCUUCAGGAGCACCUCACUAAGGGCGGUAUAGCAUCCUGCAUCAUUUCAGGCAACUCCGUGAAUCAAGCGGAAGUGAAAAACUCGGGGCUGUAUGUGAAGCACUACUAUUCCAUCCUCCAAGUGCGUGAGGAGGAGAAAGACGAUGAAACCAAGAUCCAACUCAUCUUGCUCCGAAAUCCUUGGGGUGAGCUUGAGUGGAAUGGCCCUUGGAGUGAUGGAUGCGACCAAUGGAAUGCGAAUCCCAAGAUGAAAGGCCGGAUCCAUACGAACCGAAACGAUGGCAUUUUCUGGAUGUCCAUCGAAGACUGGGCCCAGCUUUACACCAAGUUUCAGUUAUGCCCCCUUGAAGAUGUUGUGCAUCUCCCAGAAGAGGAGGUGAGCUCUGGGGCGGCGGCAGGGGACGCGGCAGCGUUUCUGUGA